CUCUCUCAUCAUCACCACCAUCAUCAAAAGCUAACAAAAACCAGAAAACGAAUACUCAAAGCCAAACAAAACGAAUACCUUCUCUCGCUUUCUCAAAGAAAUAAGAGAAUUAGUGAAAGUGUAAAACAAUUGGAGGAAUUGCACCUAUGGAGCUAGCUAAUUGGAGUUCAAACGCGAGCCAUGGAGGAAAUCGGAAGGGUUCAUAAGAAACGCAGAAGGUUAAACGACGACGAAGAGGCUGAAUAUAAUAAAGUAACUUCUUCAACGACCUCAACUACUUCGUAUAUCCAGUUGAGAAGUCAGAGAAUUUUGGUAUAUCACAAUCGUCGCGACGGAAAUCGGUGCUUGAGCGCUAAUUUGGACCACGAUGGUAAAGUGUCAUGCUGUUCAAGCAAUAUAGGAUCGAGCGAUAAGAGGAUUAUCGAAUUGCCAGAUCUGAAGGUGAAUUUGCAGGACGGGAGUAUUGAAGUUGAAACAUCCUCGCAUUUCAGCUGCAGCGAAAGUAUGAGAGAAACGACGCCGUUAAGUGAUCUCCGAGCUGAACCAGAAGACUCGGAUUCAACUUCGAGGUCAUUGGAGACGAACUCUAGCCCUAGAUCAACGGUGGAGAAAAUGCCAACCGAAGUUGAACUCGAAGAAUUCUUUGCCCCUGCCGAGAAAAAACUUAAAAAACAGUUUGCAGAAAAGUAUAACUACGAUGUUGUCAAAGAUGAACCGUUGGAAGGACGUUUCGAGUGGGUUCGACUAAAGCCAUGAAUAAAAGGCCAAACAAUCGAAGAAAUUUUAGGUUAUCUUUUUAGACAUUUCUAGGGGGUUUCUUUCUUCUGUGUAUAGAAUGACGAAGAAGUAAAAAGAAAAGAAGAAAA